CACUCCAUAUAGUGUAGUGGAGUCAAUUCCUCUUCCGGUUAGUAGUUCACCGACGAGAUGGCAUCUCUUGGCAGGCUGUCCGGUCUUCUUGGUCGCUCUCUUGCACGCCGUGGGCGGCAAUACUCUUCUGCUGUGUCAGGAGGCGAGCAUGAAAAUGCAGCUCGUACCUGGAAGAUUCUGUCCUUUGUGGUGGCUCUGCCAGGGGUCGCAGUGUGCAUGCUUAAUGUCUAUCUAAAGACGCAACAGCACUCACAUGAUGAGCAACCUGAGUUUGUUCCCUAUGAGCACCUGCGAAUCAGGACCAAGAAAUUCCCUUGGGGAGAUGGGAACCACAGUCUGUUUCACAAUCCACAUGUGAAUGCUCUUCCCACUGGCUAUGAAGAAUCUGAUCACUCAGAACAUUAAGUGUGAUGACCUUCUGUAUUCAGGACCAGUAUAUUCUGUGGGGCCACAUCGGAUGUCCGGGUCACUAAACUGUAUUUAGUACUGUAAAUUUGCUUUGAUCUUCUGAGGUCACUAUAAUUAAAAUGUCUGUGGUUCUAUG